AUGGACGCCCUCUCCUGCUUUGCGCCGCCUGCGAUGCUCUGCCGGUCCUUUGCGGACGCGGCCAUCGCGCGCGCGCUCCACUUCUCCCUCUCGGCCGGCUGCUCCCCCGUCCCGGAGCCGUCCAUCGUCGCCGAUCUCGGCGCCUGCAGCGUGGCAGCCACGACGGCCUCGCCCUCUUCCUGCGGCCCCAUGGCGAUGCUUCCCCCGGCGGCACCGUCCGCGCGUUGCAGGCUCGGACCUGCGGGCGGCCGCGCGGGCAAGCGGCGGCCGCGGCCGUCCAAGCGCGUGCCCACCACGUACAUAAGCUCCGACGCGGCCACCUUCCGUCUCAUGGUGCAGCACGUCACCGGCGCCGAGGCCGACCCGCAGGUCGACGCCGACGCCAGCCUCGGUGUCCUCCUGUCGCCCUUCGACUUUGAUCACUUGCUGCCGUCAGACCCUGCAGCGGCCGCGGCCCAAGUCGCCGCGUACGCCCUUCAGCACCCGCCGGCGGCGGGGGCGGAGCAGCCGUGCUUCCCGACGCUGGACUCGUGGAACGUCAUGUACGGCAACAACUAG